AUGGUGUUGUUGGUCUUUUCACUUACCUACACCGUGGCCGCCCGUUUCCGGCUGACCCGUGUCUACGGCGGCAUCCUCCUCUUCCUCUACGUCCUCUUCCUCGGACUGGCCAUUCCCACCGCGUUGGGCGUUCUCAUUAAGCGUUUUUCUUUAGGCGGCAAUGCCAAUUUAAGCGGCGUCUUUCCGGCCUGGGCGCUGGCGCUGCUGAUCGCGCUGCUGGUGGCCGCCUUUGUCAUCUUCACAUCCCAUGUUACGGAGCCGCCCUGGUAUCAUUUUGUGUUCGCGUACCUGGGCUUCUUCGGGGCCUGCGUGUGGGUGUAUCUGGCGGCCAACGAGAUUGUGGCCUGCCUGCAGACCGUGGGGAUUGCCCUGAAUGUCAAGACCACCAUCCUGGGAUUGACGGUGCUGGCGUGGGGCGACAGUAUUCCCGAUUUUAUUGCCGACACAGGAAUGGCCCGCCGCGGCCAGCCACGGGUGGGAAUAUCGGCCGUGUUCGCUGGUCCCAUGAUGAAUUUAUUGCUGGGCGUGGGAACCUCCUUCUGCUUCGCCACCAGCACGGUUGAUCCCUUCCCGGUGCAAACCACCUCGUUGUCGCUGCUGUCCGCCGGGACGCUGAUGGUGUCGCUGGUCUUUUCACUAAUCUACAUCGUGGCCGCCCGCUUCCGGCUGGCCCGUGUCUACGGCGGCAUCCUGCUCUUCCUCUACGUCCUCUUCCUCGGACUGGCCAUUCCCACCGCCUUGGGCGUUCUCAUGUGAUUAUACACUUUUCCGCUGUGUUGAAUUAUAUUUUGUUUUUUUAUGUUAUUGCACAUCUGUGAUAUCGCGGUGUUUUUUCCAUAAAGACAGGGAAAUUAGCAUUUACGGUGAUUA